CCCGCGCGGCUACCGCGCUCCGCCGGUCUCCCACGGUGGGCCCGCAUUCAGUUGGUGGACCCGGCCGGGCUGUGACGCGAACUGACGAACUCCUGACCGGUGAGACAGCUCCCGAAGAUGCAGCCGCUGCCGCCCGACAUGCUGCCCCCGCUGCUGACAGCGCACCAGCCCUGGCUGCUCAGCUACCUCUCCAACAACGUGGUGAGGCCGCCGCCGCUUUCGGCGCGCCCCAGUCGGCCCCGCAAGCGCUACAUCUGCCAGUACUGCCAGCGCGAGUUCAGCAAGAGCUACAACCUGCUGAUCCACGAGCGGACGCACACGGACGAGCGGCCGUUCCCGUGUGACGUCUGCGGCAAGGCGUUCCGCCGGCAGGACCACCUCAGAGACCACAGGUACACCCACAGCAAGAAGAAGCCAUUCCAGUGUGAGGUAUGCGGCAAAGGCUUCUGUCAGGCGCGCACCCUGGCCACCCACCGCGCUCAGCACGCUCCGCGCAGCCCCUCGCCGACGACCCUGCGGCUCGCGGAGCUUCAGCUGGGGCCACGGGCAGGUGGUGACUCGUCCUCAGUACGACCUCCGUGGCUGAGAGAGGUCUCAAGACCUCAGUCUUCUGCCGCAGAAUCACCGCCGCCGCCACAGCGCGCUUCUUCAGAGAUUCGACGAGAAUCAGGUGACUUACUGAAGAAUGGCUCGUGUGAGAUAAUUCCACGCACGAGUGCAUUUGAAAACUGUGAAGGUUCUCUGUUUCUUCGUCACGGUUUGUUGUCAGAGGAGAGAUCUAAAGAGGCGGUAAUGUCACGUGAUCCUGCUGCAAGGCUAGGUCAGCUGAGGCUCAGCCAAUCUGACGACAGUGAAGCUUUAAAUCUGUCUGUAAGAAAGACUACCGGGUUUACCAUUGAUGAGAUCAUGAAGCCUUGUGAAUAGUAACGGCGUUAUGAGCAAUACUCCUCAUUAGUCAAACGUGUUAAUAAGUGUUGUUACGUCGUGCAAUCAUUGCCAUGUGUUCUGCACACUCAGCAUUGUUAUGGUCAUGUAUCAUGUUUUACUCAUGUUCGAAGUGUGGGCUCUAGUGUGCAGCGUAUCUGUAAUAAACAACCACACAGCCUGA